GGUUAUUUGGUGUAGUGGUUGUCGAGUGACGAACACUGUUUAAUCAGCGGUACUGCUCAUAGCUGGAGGGACAAUGAGAUAGUGCCGUACUCAGUCGAAGUUCCCAAAAUAGUGUCCCUAUACAUCCUGCAUGGAUCAACGAUGGGUAGUAGACUGGGUAGUUACGUUACCACUUUCCUAACAGAUUCCAUCUUCCACAGUGGUGAUGUCCAAGCCACUGGUAUUGCUGUAUGCAUCGUUAGUAUGCUCUGCUUCUCCCUCAUAUGUUUCCUCAUUGGACUGUUGUUUGGCAAACCCCCAGGUAAUAACGCUUGUAAAAAGAAGAAGUAUCUUGUUAGGACAGUGAGUAGAGGAUGUCAAUUUGGACGUAGCAGACCCUCCUUUAUUGGUUCGAAAAAAGCCAUUGCACGAUUUCCCAAGCAGAAGAAUUCAGUGAUUGUAUCAUGUAGAGAACUCCCCAGACAACUGAAUAAUGUAGCAUGUCUCUGUUGUAAAAUUGUGGCUGCCAAGAAGAAUUGCAGAUAUACCAGAUGUGGAUCAUGUUGUCGUGGUAACAAAGCCUCCAUAUGUCACGCCCAUGGAACUGGUGGUACAGCCGCUCAGGGAAUUGUAGAGGGCGCUUGUCAGGAUAAACCAACCGAGCUAGAUCUAAGUUACCUCAAUUUGAAACGUUGCCCUGAUAGAAUUGGUUACAUUGGUAGCCAACUUGUUAGCCUGAAUCUAUCCAAUAAUAGACUAGCCUCACUCCCCGAUGAAAUAGGAUUUUUGAGAGGAUUAGAAGAAUUCUUCUUGCAGUAUAAUUGCCUUACAGAACUUCCAAAUAGUAUUGGAAAUUUACAGAAGCUUGUAGAACUGGACUGUAAAAACAACAGAAUCCGCCGUUUACCAAAUACCCUUGGAAAUAUGACCUGUCUUAGUAUAUUGAAUGUCACUAAUAAUGGCUUACAAUCGUUUCCAUCUUCUAUUGGUAAAUUACAUGAAUUAGAAGAACUUUGUGCACAAAAGUCAAGCUGUGAUGGGUUGCUAACAGUGAUAACACAUGAAGCAUCUGAGGUUUUAUUAGAAGUACCGAUACUUCUCUAUUACAGAUUAAAAGCAAUACCAGAUCAAAUGGGAAGAUUGAAUCAACUCAAAGAACUACAUGUUCGCAAUAAUCAAAUCAGAUAUUUUCCUGCUUCUUUGUCAUAUUUACAGCUUUAUACCUUCAGUGCCAAUCAUAAUCCAUUGAUUGAAGAAUGGAACAUAGAAUCUAUACUUAAUCUCAGUGUUCAGCCAAGUCAAGUUAUUCCUCCGUUAUCAGAAUUAUCUGCCCGGUGUAUCGUCAAAAAUGAUGUCUAUUGGUCUAAGGGGGAUGUACCAACAGCUUUAGAAGACAUGUUACUGAAUGUCAGACAGUGUUCUAGCUGUGAAGGUCCAUUCUUCAAACACUAUAAAUCCCAAGUUGUGUUCAGCAAUGUUGGCGUGUUUCAUAGAGUACCACUUUACCAACAGAUUUGUUCACCAUAUUACAAUACACAUUGUCAGCCUGUUGAUACAAAGUAG